CAAACCUCAAAUGUAUAAUUUCCAAACCCAGAACAUUUGCACUAACUCUUAGCUUGAUUAAGCACAUUAAUUUGAAGACAACUCCUCCAAACAUAAACUGCGAUUCUUCAACUCAAAUUUAAGGUUAUUUGUUCAUAAAGUAGUCACCCCUUUUCGAAAGUCCGAAAAGUUAUCGCUGUCUUAAAACAACUCAGAAACAGUCUUAUCCUUUUGAAUUUAAUUUGGUGAACCGAAUAAAAAUUGAAAAUAUUUCCGAAAAUGACUAGUGAUUCUCCGAAUACUUUGAUGGUCUACGUGCAGUCCAUAAUCCUCCUGCUCCUUGCUUACUCCUACUACAUUGGGUAUGGAUGGUACACUCUGGAUAGUCCAAAUGGAGAGCCCUACUACUACCUGAGCCCUCUGAGCAGCUGUCUGUUCCGCGCCUCGUACAGCUUCCAGUUCCAGGACUUCCUCCAGAUGGGCAUCUGCCAGCCGACAGUCGAGUUCUCACAACAUAUCUCAAAAAACGCCAGUGAAGCCGACGUGAAGGAAAUGGCCAUUCAGGUCCAGUUUCUGGCUCGCUUCAUGGUCGGCUGUGCCACUUUGUCUCUCGUCCUCUUCAUGGCCGAACUGUUCUCCCAUCAGCUGAACCGGAUGGUGAAAACAUCUCUGGCUACAUUCUCUGGCGCUUUGGUUCUGAUCCAGUUCACAGCCCAGAUGAGACUGUUUUCUGCCAUGUGGCAAUUGGUUGAAGAGAUCAGAAAAAAUGCAGACAAGGAUGUCAGGAUUGUGGGACCAGAAUUUGACUUCGACGAUGACCUUGGCGCCUCGUUUGCGCUCGGAUUCUUCAUUGCCCUGUUUGCCUCUUGCCUGUAUGUGGGAUCCUUCAGCUACUCCAUCUACCGGGUGGUCCAGAUUGUGCUGGAUGUCAACGAGGACCCCUUUGCCAUCACGUCCAAAAAGUCCACUGCGUCCAAGAUGCCAAGGUACAUCAGUGCCACUACGAAGAAUGGCUAUCAGAAGAUAGAUGACGAGUCUCUCAAUGGUCGAAACAGCGGACUGUUGAUCAGUGGAAGCAGCGAGCACUUUUAAGCGACUCCAAUAACGAGAAAGAGACAGUUAUUGAUGAGCAAAUACUUCAGUUUCAAAAUUAUAACGACGUUGACAGUGGUGUAAAUAAAAACCAACCGAAUCAUAUGGACUACAAACCUUGUUAUCAAUUAACCCUCCCCUUUGCAAAAGAUUG